ACACACUUACAGUCUGCACGUCAGUCCCGCCGGAUAUAAUCUCCGAAAACUCGCACAGCAAAGCUUGCAUAUUUGUCAAAUGAAAAACAUCGGUAUUAUCCGGCACGUCGGCGUCGUUACCAAGGAUUGCAAUACCACGGAAUCAACCGAUCGGUUCUGAGUGUUCAUCUCGGCAGCCUGCAUUUGGCAUGACAUUAUGGUGAACUAUCCAGUGCUGACCUUUGACCUACUUGAUGGAAAUGGGAAUCGAGGAAGAUGUCAAAGUGCACUCCGCCAGUGAACAGCCUCGCGAAGUGGAGAGGGAUGGCCAUUCUACCCCACGUCCCCGUCGUCAUCGUCGCAUUGCUCAGCAUCAGCAUCAUUUCCGCCGUACAUGGAUCUGAAGAUGGCCCCUUGGUCGGAUUGAAGCAAGGCAAGUACCGGGGCAACUAUGUGACGUCGACGAAAGGCGAGUACGUGGCCGAAUACCUGGGAAUCCCCUACGCCAAGCCACCGACCGGAGACCUGCGACUGGCCAACCCCCAACCCCUCACUCAACACCCAGAGGAGGUGUACCACGCCAAGACGUACGGUGCGGCCUGCCCCCAAGUGAUCGACACAGUGUUCGGCAACUUCACGGGCGCGACGAUGUGGAACCCCCCGGGUGGGGUGAUGAGCGAGGACUGCCUCUAUCUCAAUGUGUGGGUGCCACAGAAGAACUCGGGCCAGAGCAAGACCGUCAUGGUGUGGAUACACGGGGGUAGCUUCUUCAGCGGCACCAGUAGUCUGUGGUUCUACAACGGCAAUACAAUGGCAGCUUCCAAUGACGUCAUCUUAGUCUCCUUUAACUACCGCUUGGGGGCGCUGGGCUUCCUGAGCUCCGGUGAUGACCGAAUCCCAGGUAAUUUCGGUCUGAUGGACCAGGUGCUUGCUCUGAAAUGGAUCAAAAACAACAUCAAGACGUUCGGGGGCGACCCAAACCAGGUGACCCUAGUUGGAGAGAGUGCAGGUGCGACCAGUGUCACCUACCAUCUCCUGUCCCCCCUGAGUAGUGGACUAUUCCAGCGGGCUAUUAUACAGAGCCACGCUGGUGACGCUGUUGUAUUCAAUGAUCGAGAACUAGCUCGAGGCGGUGCGGUUACAUUUUUCGAUAGAUUAAAAUGCAAAGACAAUGCUGAAAUAUUAGAAUGUUUGCGAAAAGAACGCUUUGACACUUUCGUAAGAGAGCAAUGGAUGCCAGGCGGUAUUUGCCCUCAUAAACCCACAAUAUCACCUUUCAUGCCACAACUACCGGAAGUUCUCCUUCGUGAAGGAGGCUUCAAAAAGAAGGCUGUCUUGAUCGGCUCAAACAAAAACGAAGCGACCUAUUUCAUGAUUUACCGUCUGAAAUCUGUAUCCAUUAAUGAUCCUGUUAGCGGGCAAACACAACAGAACAUAAAAGAAGCCAUUAGGUUUUUCCAUCCUGAUUUGGACGAGGCUCAAUGUGAGCGCGUCUUCAACUACUAUACUGACAACAUCGACGAAAACGACCUUGUCGGCAACCGUAACGCCGUUGAUGCCCUGAUGGGUGAUCGCUACUUCACAUGCCCUACUGUAAACGUGGCGGAGAGCAACGUCGCUGUUGGUGGUGAGACCUUCUACUACUACUACAACCACCGUGCGUCAAACGAAGUAUGGCCUGCCUGGAUGGGAGUGAUGCAUACUGCUGAGAUAAAGUUUGUAUUUGGAGUGCCGUUGAACAACACCCUGGGAUACACAGCUGAGGAGAAGAGAUUCUCCCAGAGAAUGAUGUCCUACUGGACCAACUUUGCCAAGUCAGGAAACCCAAAUGGUCACGGUAACAGCCCCUGGCCAAAGUAUACGUCCAGCAAGAGAGAGUUCCUGGAACUAGUUCUGCGAGAGAAGAAGCAUGACGGAGGUCACAGGUUGGACGAGUGCCGGUUUUGGAGCAGCUUGCUCAACUCGAGCAACGGAAGCCAUGUCAGCAUCACCAGUGUCGCAGUGCUAGUGGUAGUCGCCAUCUUCGGAGUGACGCUGUAGGGUUGUCACGUGUUGCAGGGUUAUCACAUGAUGUACACCUGUCACGUGUCAUAGGAGUAUCACGUGAUGUACACCUUUCAUGGCAGGCACGUUUUGCCGUAUUCCGGCGAUAGUUUACUUGGUUUGCGAACAUGUUUAUUUCGACAGCAAGACUACUAGUCAACAAGAAGGAAAUAGCGGCCUUGCGACGGAUCUUUACCCCAGAUUAUGUUUUUCUGAUGCAUUUGCCCAACGCACUAAAACAAUGAGAACAAAAUUUAGGGAUGCGUCAUACGUAUAGUAUAAUAUCAUUCUGAUCAGAGAUUUUACUGGAUAAACAGAUCUCUGGGUGAAGAUAUGAGGAACGCGCCUCUUUAGCUUCGCGAUAUGGAGAAGUUCGGGUAGUGUGUGGAAGCAAAUAUCAGUGCAAGAGACAAUCACUUUGCCGAAACAAUCAACUAAUGACAUGAUGUGUAGAUCUGUCUCAAAACAAACAAUGUAGUCCGUAUUUAUUUGUAUUUUCAUACCUAUUUUUGUUUUAAUAAAUGUCACUGAUAUUGUUUUCUUC